AUGGCUCCGCGUGCGCAAAAGUCAACCAGCGGCACUCCCGGAGGAUCGGGCACGCCUGGUCCCGACGAAGGCCCGCAGAUCAGCCCCGCCGGAACGUAUGGUCUCGAGGAUGUGGUCGUCGGCUGCAAAGCCUUUGUUCAAAAGCCCGACGUCGUCACGGGCGACAUGGAGGAGCGCAAGGCAGAGAUCCUCUCCAUCAGGGAAAAGCCCAAGCCGCGCCUCACCAAAAAGCAGCAGGCGGAGCUCGCAGGCAAGCCAGCACCCACCCUCGAGGAGAAGCUCGAGUACUACGUCCACUACUGCGAAUUCAACAAGCGCCUCGACGAGUGGGUCAGCGGCACGCGCCUCAUCACCUCGCGCGAACUCGAGUGGCCCAAGAAGGAGCCCGCCAACGACAAGACCAAGCGUAAAGUCGUCCGCACCGCCAGCGGCACCUCCACACCGUCCACGCCCCUCACCCCCACAGCCAAGGGCAACCGAUCCGCUGGCGCCACCAACCUGCUCAAGAAGGCAGCCGCUCAGGCAGCCAAGAACGUGCUCGACGACGCGCACCUCGAGACGCCUCAGCACAAGCGGAAGCUCGGCUCCAGCGACACCUCCACCCCACACAGCACACGCGCCGACUCCGUCGAUGCCGACGCAGACGCCGACGCCGACGGCGAGGACGACGAGGACGGCGCCGUCGUCGCCAUCGAAAUGCUCGGUGGCAACGACCAGCAGGAGAGGGACGACGUGGCCACGCACAAGAACGGCGGCCUCACCGCCUCGCUCAACGCCAAUCAGUCGAGCGAUACCUUUAGCAAGGAGCAGGAGAUCGAAAAGCUUCGCACCUCGGGCUCCAUGACCCAGUCCGUCUCCGAAGUCGCCCGCGUCAAGAACCUCAACAAGAUCCAGAUGGGCAAGUCCGAGGUCGAAACUUGGUACUUUAGCCCCUAUCCGCUCGAGUACGCCCACAUCGACACGCUCUACAUCUGCGAGAUGUGCCUCUCCUACUUUCCUUCGCCCGUCACCCUCCGCCGUCACCGCAGCAAGUGCACGCUCGCGCAUCCGCCCGGCAACGAGAUCUACCGCCACGAAGACAUCUCCUUCUUCGAGAUCGACGGUCGCCGCCAAAAGACGUGGUGCCGCAACCUCUGCCUGCUCAGCAAGUGCUUCCUCGACCACAAGACGCUCUACUACGACGUCGAUCCCUUUCUCUACUACUGCAUGGUAAAGCGCGACGAUCUCGGAUGCCAUCUCUUGGGCUAUUUCUCCAAGGAGAAGGAAUCCGCCGAGAACUACAACGUCGCCUGCAUCUUGACCCUGCCGCAGCACCAGCGCGCUGGCUAUGGCAAGCUUCUCAUCGAAUUCUCCUACGAGCUCACCAAGCGCGAGAACAAGCUCGGCAGUCCCGAGAAGCCGCUCUCCGAUCUGGGCCUGCUCAGCUAUCGAGCCUACUGGGCCGAGAUCAUCGUCGACCUCUUGCUCAAGACCGAAGAGGACAUCAGCAUCGAGGAGAUCGCACAGAAGACCGCCUUCACCCACGCAGACGUCCUCCACACCUGCAUGGCGCUCAACAUGCUCAAGCAAUACCAGGGCAAGCACUACCUCGUCCUCUCCGACGCCGUCAUCGCCAAGCACGACAAGACGGCCAAGAAGAAGCGCAGGCGCAUCAACCCGGACAAACUCAACUGGACUCCCCCCGUCUUCUCCCGCCAGCAGCUCCAAUUCGGCUGGUGA